AUGGGAGACAUGGGAGACCCACCAAAAAAAAAACGUCUGAUUUCCCUAUGUGUUGGUUGCGGCAAUCAAAUUCACGAUCAGUAUAUUCUGAGGGUUUCUCCGGAUUUGGAAUGGCAUGCGGCGUGUUUGAAGUGUGCAGAGUGUAAUCAGUAUUUGGACGAGACCUGUACGUGCUUUGUUAGGGAUGGCAAAACCUACUGUAAAAGAGAUUAUAUCAGGUUAUACGGCAUCAAGUGCGCCAAAUGCAGCAUCGGCUUCAGCAAGAAUGACUUCGUGAUGCGCGCCCGCGCCAAGGUGUACCACAUCGAGUGUUUUCGCUGCGUGGCCUGCAGCCGCCAGCUCAUCCCCGGCGAUGAAUUCGCACUGCGGGAGGACGGCCUCUUCUGCCGGGCGGACCACGACGUGGUGGAGAGGGCCAGCCUGGGCGGCGGAGACCCUCUCAGUCCCCUGCAUCCCGCUCGGCCGCUGCAGAUGGCAGCAGAACCUAUCUCUGCCAGACAGCCAGCUCUGCGGCCCCACGUCCACAAGCAGCCCGAGAAGACAACCCGAGUCCGGACUGUCCUGAAUGAAAAACAGCUUCACACCUUGAGGACCUGCUACGCUGCCAACCCCAGACCUGACGCCCUCAUGAAAGAGCAGCUGGUAGAAAUGACUGGCCUCAGCCCAAGGGUCAUCAGGGUUUGGUUUCAAAACAAGCGAUGCAAGGACAAAAAAAGGAGCAUUAUGAUGAAGCAACUUCAGCAGCAGCAACCCAAUGACAAAACUAAUAUCCAAGGGAUGACAGGAACUCCAAUGGUGGCUGCUAGUCCGGAGAGACAUGACGGCGGUUUGCAGGCGAACCCCGUGGAGGUGCAGAGUUACCAGCCGCCCUGGAAAGUACUGAGUGACUUCGCAUUGCAGAGUGACAUAGACCAACCUGCUUUUCAGCAACUAGUUAAUUUUUCAGAAGGAGGACCUGGUUCCAAUUCUACUGGAAGUGAAGUAGCAUCAAUGUCCUCUCAGCUGCCAGAUACACCCAACAGCAUGGUAGCCAGUCCUAUUGAAGCAUGAGGAACAUUCGUUCAAAUAUCUGUUGUUGUUGUUUCUGCCCUUACCCUCAACCCUGUUGAAGAGAGUGGGAAAGUGAACGUGUUGGGACUUCGAAAUUUAGGGGGAAAGAAUACUUAACAACCCUGUAACGAACCUAGCAAGGAACUGCUCCAUGAGAUGAACGGAGUCAUAUUUGAAAAGACAAGGUAAUAUGGUAGCAACACUGUGAAGACAAUCAUGGGAUCUUACUAGAAA